CUUCUCUCUCAAGCCACGUGUUUCGCCCUUUCAGUUCCGAUCCCUCGCAUCCGUCAGUCUCCAACCCGCUAAACCCAAUUGGCCGCCGAUUCCGCCGCCGGCGACUCCAAGAAUAUGUCGUCCUAUCUAUUCGCCUCUUCGCCUUGUUCAGUUUCUCGCUUCUCCCUUCUUCUCGGAUCCUCUCUCCCAUUCUUUGGCAUCAAAUCUUCCGCUCCCCGUUUCACAAGGCGUAGGCACACCUCCAAAUCUUGGGCCCAUCUCUGGACCAGGUCCUCUUCCAAAUUGUUCUCUGCUCUGUCGUCGCCUCCACCUGCGUACGACGAUGUUAUCAUGCUCGGUAUCGAGACGAGCUGCGAUGACACUGCGGCCGCCGUGGUUAGAGGUAAUGGAGAUAUCCUUAGCCAGGUUGUAUCUUCCCAGGCAGAUCUGCUUUCACGUUAUGGAGGAGUUGCUCCCAAAAUGGCUGAAGAAGCACAUUCACUAGUUAUUGACCAGGUUGUUCAACGGGCACUUGAUGAUGCAAAAUUGACUGGAAAUGAUCUUUCAGCAGUUGCUGUAACUAUUGGACCAGGCUUAAGUCUUUGCUUGAGGGUUGGUGUGCAGAAAGCUCGAAGAUUAGCUGGAGUCUUCAAUUUGCCUAUAGUUGGUGUCCAUCAUAUGGAGGCUCAUGCUCUGGUUGCUAGGCUGAUUGAGAGGAACCUUCAGUUUCCUUUUUUAGCACUUCUUAUUUCAGGAGGGCACAAUCUUCUUAUUCUUGCUCACAAAGUAGGUCAUUAUCUUCAACUUGGAACAACAAUAGAUGAUGCAAUUGGUGAGGCAUAUGACAAGACAGCGAGAUGGCUUGGCCUUGACAUGAGGAAAGGCGGUGGCCCUGCUCUAGAAGAGCUUGCUCUUGAAGGUGAUGCGAACUCGAUUAAUUUCUCGAUUCCUAUGAGGCAACACAAGGACUGCAAUUUCUCAUAUGCUGGUCUAAAGACACAAGUUAGACUGGCUAUUGAAUCAAGAAAGAUAAGCAUGGAGCAUAAUCCCAUUUCUUUGGCAAAUUUGGAUGAUAGAAGAUCUCGAGCAGAUAUUGCUGCCUCUUUCCAGAGGGUUGCUGUAUUACAUCUAGAGGAGAGAUGUCAGCGAGCAAUUGAAUGGGCAUUGAAGAUUGAACCUUCUAUUAAAUAUUUGGUUGUUUCAGGAGGUGUUGCAUCAAAUAAGUAUGUCAGAGCUCGUCUGAGUCAUGUUGUAGAGAAUAGUGGCUUAGAACUUGUAUGCCCUCCUCCAAGUCUUUGCACUGACAAUGGUGUUAUGGUUGCUUGGACUGGGAUAGAGCACUUUCUUUUAGGAAGAUUUGAUCCUCCACCACCUGCUGACGAGCCUGAAGAUGCUAUGUUUGAGCUGCGUCCAAGGUGGCCGUUGGGUGAGGAGUACUCACAGGGAAAAAGUGAAGCCCGUUCACUGAAAAGAGCCCGUGUGUUCCCAUCCCUCACAUCAAUGAUUCAAGGCUCAGUUCAGAAUUAGUUGUAGCUUUGUGAUCCGUAAGCCGACACCACAUACCAGAGCUUGGAAGAAAAAUACUUUACAAGAGCUCUCGUUAAACUUGCUUACAUUUUGGCAUUUGUUGGCAGUAUCAGCUGAUCAUCCUAUUAGCUUGUGAAGCCAACAAUAUUCGAAAUCCAAAAUCUUGUGGCGGCAAAGCUCUCACUGAACAUGUAGAAAACAAAGAGGAGGUUGGAGAUGUAAUUUAUGUUUUUAUUUAGGGAGGUUUGCAUCGGAGACAAAAUUAAAUAGCAGCAAGUUUCAUAUAAGCUGUCUGUGCAACCACACUAAUUUAUUAAACCCAAAAUUUUCUUUUCCACUGUCAAGUUGGUCAGGGUUUCUGUUACUGAUGUAUGUGUUCAUGAUUAAAAUUUUUGUUGUAUAUAGAGAAAAAUGUUCCAAAGUUCCUUUCAA